AUGCUGUUACAGUGGUUCGUGAUCUGCCUACUGGCUAUGCCUGUGCUGACAGGCACCGGUCGCAGCUGUCCAAUGGAGUGCACAUGCAACUUAGAUGAGCAAAAUCGCCGACAGGUGCUUUGCACAAAAGGUGGCCUCAGCGCUGUGCCGGUGAGUCAAAUCGAUAGUGAUGUGCGCGUUAUUAUCAUCAAAGGACCAGGCAACAACAUCAGUAUUGGUGAAUUGUUUCAAAAAUUGUCACUUCUUGAAGUGUUGCGCAUCACCGACUCUCAAGUUCCAUCGUUGGGAAAUAAACGGUUUUGGGGUUUAACGAAAUUGCGUACACUGGAUCUGUCCAAAAACAACAUUACAAAUGUGUAUAAAAACAAUUUCCAAGGGCAGGCUAAUUUACGCGAAUUGGACUUGUCCAAAAAUAAGAUACUCAACAUAUCCAGCACGACUUUUGAUCAAUUAGUUGAUCUGCGUCGUCUCAGUUUGUCGGACAAUUCAAUUUUGGAAUUAGUGCCGCGCACUUUCUUCCUGCUCAACAAGUUGGAAUAUCUUGAUCUGAGUGGGAAUCCAUUACAGGACUUACCGCCGGAUGUGUUUCACGAUGUGCAGGAGCUGCGCAUUUUCAAAUGUCGUAAUUGUCAAUUGAAGAAAAUCAAUCCGCAACUGUAUAACAUAUUGCCAAAUUUGAAUGAAUUGGAUUUGGGGCGCAAUGAGUUCAAAUUCCUUGACAAAGAUGAAUUUCGCGACGUCAAACGCCUCACGAAAGUCUGGCUCGAUGGCAAUCAACUGUCAGUCGUUGUUGACGAACUGUUUCGCAAUCAAAAGAGUCUGCAACAUUUGGACUUAUCCUACAAUCGCCUGGCGAAAGUGCCCAAUGACUCGUUUCAGUAUUUGAGUAAUUUAACAUUCCUGGAUUUGUCAUACAAUAAACUGGUGCGGCUGGAGCCGCAAUCAGUGCGUCAGCUAAGCAAUUUGCUAACUUUGAAUAUCAGCGGAAAUGUGCAGAUGAAUUUGCAUGACAUGCGAGAAACAUUCGAGGUCAUACCACAGCUGACACAUCUCUCCGUGGCCGAUAUGGGAGUACUACCGAUGGGUUUGCUAGUGCCGUUCAAGCAGCUGCGCUAUCUCAACAUAUCCGGCAAUCAUUUGGACAAUAUGUCGCUGCAAGUAAUCGAUCCGUGUCGAGAGUUAGAGUUUUUGGACAUAUCGCGCAACCAACUGUACGGCAUCAACGAGGACACAGUGGGGCGAAUUCAACGCAUUCGCAAUGUUCGACUGGACAACAAUCCGCUGAUAUGCGAUGAAUGCCAUAUGGGAAAAUUAAUAAAUGUCGUGCAGCAUCUUCAAUGGAAAUGGGAAACAUAUCCAAUUUGCUUUUUGCCCAAACCUUUGCGUGGCUCCGAAAUAACAGAUUUGGAUGUGUCGAAGUUGCAUGACUGCCUCGACUAUAUAACUGAUGAGGAGCAGAAUGCAGCGAGCACUUCGCACAAUUUUCUUGAGCGUGGUGGCCUUAAUACGCUCGCCAUACUGGGUGGCAUUAUAUUGGUUUUAAUUGUUGUCAUUAUACUGGCCAUGGCUGUUUGCUUUUCCAAGCGACGUGCACGUUACUAUACACGUGAGGAUAGACUGAAUGGAGGUGAGAGUGGCAAAUGCAUUGAAAAGAAUCCAGACUCAAGCAACGGCAACGCCGCCAAUGGUGGCAGCCCUCCAGAGCACGCCAUUACACCUACCACGCCCACCAAUGAGAUUAAUUUCAAAUUCCCAAUCGACGAUCGUGUCUGCACAAUAGAUGACCUUGUGCUGCCGCCUGCACCACCUCCACCAGCCAAAGAGCCCCCAUCACAACUGCCACCACCACCACCACCAGCAUCAACGAAUAAUAUAUUGAACAAUUUCUCGUAUAGCAGUUGUGCUGGCAAUAACACCGCCACGGCUAUGGCCGCAGUAGCCGCAGCUGCCACCGUCAUACCACCCGGUGCACCAUCGGCAGCAACGAGCGCUGCGACACCCAUGUCACCAGCGCGCAACAAACUGCCAUCCGAAGCAAUCGUUGUGGUACUGCCCCCGCCGCAAGUGCAUUAUCAGACCGAACACCAGCAACAACAACCACAACAACUGCAGUUAACCACAAUCGAGCCGCUGAUCAGUGUGAACUGACCGCCGGGUAAUGAUGUCGUAAACGCUGCUGCCACUGCCACUGCCUCCUACACCACAUCGGCCACAAAUAAAAAUUUCAAUGCGCCAGCGGCGGCAUCAUCGUCACCGUCGUCAACAAUAGCGAUGACGGCGAAAACGAUAGGAACGGUAGGAAGGCAGGCGGCACUUAAUGUUACAACGCGCACGUAAGU